AUGGCGUCUGUGUGGAAACGCCUGCAGCGCGUGAACAAACGCGCUGCCAAGUUCCAAUACACCGCUUCGUACCACCAGAUAGAGUUGGAGCUCACCCCCAAAUGGAAACCAAACAAGUUGAGCGUUGUAUGGACUCGCAGAUCACGCCGUGUUGUCACUGAGCCUCUAGAUUGGGAGCCCUCUCUUAAAGACCCACUAAAGGGUUCAGUAAUAUUUGGCGUUGAAAACCACACAGUCGCUGUUACGUUGUUCAGGGACUCGCGAACUAAUGAACUUGAAGACAAAGACUGGACAUUUGUUUUGGAAGAUGUAUCAGUCACUGGGAAAAGGCGUCGCCUGGCAUCGUGCGCUGUCAAUUUGCGUCGGCACGCGUCACUUGCGCCCGCGCAGAAAGCCCUCAAACUGACUUUAGAGCCGCUAACUCGAAAGCUAAAGGCUGCAAAACUUCAUCUUACGUUACAUUGCGUAUUAUUGAGGGAGGGUCAAGCUACUGACGAGGAUAUGCAAUCUCUAGCUUCGCUGUUAUCAGUGAACAAUAACUCCGAUAUCGCAGUCCUAGAAGAUCUCGACGAAGAUGAUUACACACUCUCCGAUAAUUCUACUAGACAAAUGCUCGACCUUCGUCAGCAAAUGGAAGAAAUGACACAGAGUCUAACAAAUUCUGAUAUAGCAGCGACACCUAACAGCGUACAGAGUCUCAACUUCGACAAAACACCAACUGCCCCACAAACCCCCUCUCCCACUACCCCCACAAAUACCCAGAACGUACCACCAGAAGAUGCAGUGACCCCCAAGAAUAGACCAGAGUAUUUGAGCAGUUUGACCAAAGCGAUGAGAGCUGAACCGAAGUUUAGUUCUACACCGAAACCAGUUGUUACUACUGAAGACAAAGUUGAUAACUUAAAAGUUUCAGGUUUAGUUUUCAAACCGAAAACCGUCGCUAAACGUAAUCUUAAACCGCUAGAACUGAAAACGAAUUUAAAUAACAUCAAUUUGGACACUAAUGACAACGAAAAGAGAGGGGAUGAAGAAAAAACUCCCGUCCCAGAAGAGAGACUUACAGUUACACACAUUGAAAAAGAUAAGACACCGAUGGUAGAUCUAGUCGAGUGGUGUCAGAGCGUGGCACGGGACUACCACCGCUGUCAGGUCACUGACCUCACCAGCAGUUUCAGAUCUGGACUUGCUUUCUGCGCUAUUAUACAUCACUUCAGACCCGAUCUUAUUGACUUCUCUGGUCUUCAACCAGAGCAAAGUGAAGAGAACGUGCGCCGUGCACUAGAAGCCAGCGCCAAAUUGGGGAUCUCGCAAGUGCUGACCGUAGCUGAUGUUUGCGGAGGUCCCUUGCCUGAUAAACUAGCUGUAAUGACCUACUUGUUUCAACUUCGGGCACACUUUACAGGGAAUGAGUUGCAAGUGGAACAAUUAGGAAAUGACGAGACAGAGUCGUCAUAUCUCGUAGGAAGACACGACACAGAUGACAGUCUUCCACCUGAGCUCUUCUCUAGAGAAGUUAGUACGAGGCGAUCUAGAAACGUCAUGGAGCGUCCGCCAGUUCUUAAACAAGAAUCGCAAGAGUCUCGCCAUUCCCUGGAUCUAUCCCCGGAUAAGUCGCCAGGUAUCAAGGAGAUGAAGGAUAUCUUCCAACAGUCGAAGAAUAUUCUUGGCAAAAUGCUCUCUCCGGCGAAGGACUUGCGGGACAAGCCGACAGCGAAAUGGUUCAAUGAGCCCAUUAAGAACGAGCCCCUGCCCCGCCCUGAGAAACUGAUGACUCGCAAAGAACUGACUGAUCCCUUCGGGUCUGAUGAUGAGGAAGAGCAGCCCGCCUUUAAUGAUACAAAUGAAAAUACUGAAAAACAAGAACACAAGUUGACAAUUGCACCAGCCACCGCCGAUCCAUUAAACGUUAAUCAAGUGCAGCUAAACGGUAAUGAUAAACCGAAAUCGAUCACACCGGAAUUACCAAAGCCUACACCGCAAUUGUUAUCGCGUCACGAUGAGCUGAAAGAGAAGGCUAGACAAUUGCUAGAAGCUACCAAACGCGAGGCGAGGGAAAAAGAUAAAAAGAGACAGAGUUUGAAAGAGAAAGAGGAUCGGAGCGAGAUAGCAAAUGGCCUUAAGAACGGUGAAAGUCCGAAACGGGGCAUGACUGAAGAGGAGAGACAGACAAUGUUACGCGAGAGAGCGAGAAAGAUGAUAGCCGACGCAAGAGCUGGUAUUGUCAGUCCAAAAUCUCCAAUGUCUCCAUCUCGUGUUAACCCUGGUACCGUAGAAAUCAUCAGUAAGCAUUCUGUUAUGGAGGAAUUGGCUGCUGGAGGCAUGGAGCAUUUGGAGAGUUUAGUAAACCGAGAGUCUGCACCUUCCACUCCUGGGUCAAGGAAGAGCAAUCGUAGUCCUGAAAGAUCUGAAGAAAGAAACGAAGAAGUAAAGAGUAGGAGUCAAUCGCCAAACGACUCCCGAAAAUCGCCUUUACAUUCCUUCAGCGCGCUCGUUGACAGAUUGUCGCCCGACUUGAAUAUGGAGGAGAAUCAGAACAAAGAAGGUUACAGUAGUUACAUAGCGAGCGAGUUAGAAGCAUUGGAGCGCGAACAAAAAAGUGUCGAUGAAAAGGCGGCUGCUCUAGAGAAGCAACUUCGGCGAGUCAUGGACAGAGCUGACAAUACAGAGGAGGAAGAUCGUCUAAUGUCACAGUGGUUUAACCUCGUGAAUAAGAAGAAUGCGUUACUACGGAGGCAAAUGCAACUCAAUAUUCUUGAGCAAGAAGAAGAUUUAAGCCGGCGUUGUGAGCUUCUAGCGCGGGAGCUCCGCCUUUCGCUUGGUGUAGAAGAAUGGAGAAAGACUCCGGGGCAGAAGAGAAGAGAAAUACUACUAUUGCAGGAGUUACUAUCAGCUGUAAAUGAAAGGGAUAGACUGGUGCAAGAGAUGGAUGAACAAGAGAAGGCGAUAGCAGAGGACGACGAAAUUCAACGAAACCUCAGCAACGUUGAAAUACAGAGGAAAAACAACUGUAUACUCCAAUAA